GAGCACAGCUGAGCAGAAAGAAGAUCCACAACAUUAAUUUCGAGACUCAUUUUUCUGUCCUAUGCAGAUACCCCUAAUCGACAAAUAUCCAGCAAUCAUAACCUGCAACAAACAUGGAGAGAAAAAGUGACCCUGGAAAGAGAUUCCUGAGCAAGCCACAGCUAGCUCGUUACCUGGGCAACACCAUUUAGGUGCACGCCAUUGAACCCCGUGCAGGAAGGAUGCUCAUGAAUAAGCUUCAAAGGAACCGGCGCAAGCAUCGCUAUGACAACAACCAUCAGAUCAAGGUUAAGCCGGACCUGAACACGACCUUACCAGUCAGAUAGACAGCAUAUAUCUUUAAGCAGCCUGUCACCAAGGUGACCAAUCACCCUAGCAACAAAGUGAAGACAGACCCCCACAAGGCUGUCGACCAACCAAGACAGCUGUUUUGGGAGAGGAAGCUGAGUGGUCUGAGUGCGUUUGAAAUUGCAGAAGAGCUGGUGAAAACCAUGGACCCUCCCAGGGGCCUACAGGGUGUUGGGCCUGUGUGUUCAGACAAGACCUUGCUCUCAGCAAUCUCCAGCGCCCUGCACACCAGCCCCAACCCUGUCACUGGUCAGCUGAACGCAGCUGUGGAGAAGAACCCUGGGGUAUGGCUCAACACCGCCCAGCUGCUCUGCAAGGCCUUCAUGGUUACCGAUGACGACGUCCGGUAGAGUACACAUAAACCCUGUGGAAGCAGGAGGACCUGGUCCACAAUGUGAGGAGGGUGGAGGAACGCUCUGAUGGCGGACAUGUUGGUUCACAUAGAGGAAUCCACCAAUAAGGUAGAUGCUCUGAAGAAGGCGCAAACCGAGCAGGAGGACAAGGAGGGCGUAUAGCCAAGAGGGCUGCCUGGAACACUAUUCUACCCAUACAUGUACAGGAUAUUCACCAGGAUCUGACUAGCAUCGGUCAACUGAGAUCUCCACAUAGGUCUUUCUGUCUGGAAGUCGGCCAACUACAAUUGAAUCCAUGUGUAUUUUAGACCAAUUUAAAUUGAUUUUAGAUGGGAAGGGGGGGAAGAAAUUAAGACUUAGACUGUGCCAUUACUCAGUUGCCUAUUUGGGAUUUAGUUUUAUUUUUUAAACUUUGUGGCAAGUCACAAUUAUGCUGUAGUUAUUUAACAGAUUUUAAAAUAUUUCUGUUAACCUGUUCUUGAUUUGCGGUAUGAAUGCGACGAUCAUUCACUGUCAUAUGAAGAUGUCUGGAAAAAAUGCUUGCUAUGUGAGAUCAGCAGACGGAGAAGACUCCUCACCAGACUUGUCUGGUUUUGUAGGCUACGUAGUGAUUCUGUAGAAAAGAGCGCUUUUACACCCACAGGCGACCCAAGAUCGGAUGUUCAUCCUCGGGGACUAUGCCUAGCCCCUUAUUCCACCCCGAGAUUAUGGACCACGACAUGGUAGUGAGCAGCCAGCACAACGGGGUCAGCCUGCCCCGAGAAACGGAUCAGGAGUCCCGGGACGAGGGCCAUCAGGAGGUUCUCCGCUUCGCCAUGGACCAGCUGUCACUUAUGGCCCUGGAGAAGGUGGACUGUGGGGGCGGUGGUGGAGGUCACGUUGACCCACUCGACGAGAACCAGGGUCCAGUCUCCGAGAAUUGCAACGGCGGUUAUGUCAACCUGCAGUUGCUGGAGCACCCAGGAGGCUCCCGGGAAUCCCCGACGUCCUGCUCCCCGUCUCCAGAGUACUAUGGAUCGGGCGGGUACCACAUGGCUGGCCCGCACUCUCACUCCAUGCUCGGGGAACAAAACUCAAUUAUCUGCAAUCGUAAAAGGAGUGUCAACAUGACCGAAUGCGUACCUGUGCCCAGCUCCGAGCACGUUGCUGAAAUAGUGGGAAGACAAGGCUGUAAGAUCAAGGCACUGCGUGCAAAGACCAACACCUACAUAAAGACCCCGGUGAGGGGCGAGGAGCCCGUGUUCAUCGUGACAGGGCGCAGGGAGGACGUGGAGAUGGCCAAGCGGGAGAUCGUCUCGGCGGCCGAGCACUUCUCCAUGAUCCGGGCGUCCCGCUGCAAGGCUGGGGCCACGGGAGCACCCGGGGCCGGGGGAGCAAUCCCAGGUCCCCCACACCUGCCUGGACAGACCACCAUACAGGUUCGGGUGCCAUACCGUGUGGUUGGGUUAGUGGUUGGUCCCAAGGGGGCGACCAUCAAGCGCAUCCAGCAGCAGACCCACACCUACAUCGUGACACCCAGCCGGGAGAAGGACCCUGUGUUCGAGGUGACUGGCAUGCCAGAGAAUGUGGACCGAGCCCGGGAGGAGAUCGAGACACACAUCACCUUGCGGACCGGGGCCUUCGUGGACCUCCAGGGAGACAACGACUUUCACACCAACGGAACCGACGUUAGCUUAGAGGGCCUGGGCUCGCUGGGCGCUGCUCUCUGGUCUCGGGCCAACAACCACCAUGCUGCCCCUCCACCCCCACCUCCUCCUCCACCACCGCCCCUCCCGCUAGCCAUGCACCACUCAUCUGGGAGGAAGCUGUCCUCCUUGGCCUCCUACCAUCAACAUAAGGGAGGGAUGGGCUCUGAGAGCUACAGUGCCCCCAGGAGGGCCACAGAGGGAGACAGCCCAACCAGCCCCUUCAGCACAGGCUCCAGCAGCGCUGGAGGAGGCGGGUUCACCCCUGGCCUCCCCUCUGAGGAGCUGGGCUUUGAGUUCAGCGCCGCCAACAUCUGGGCACCCUUCGUCAAUGGAGGAGGAGGGAAGGUCCCAGGCUCCUCCCAGCAGCAACCUCUCCGCCGAAACAGCAGCGGCCUGAGUGGAGGCGCCAUCACACCCCGCCUGUCCCCCACCCUGCCCCCUGACGCCGUGGUGGGACCCCUGGAUCAUCCUAUGGCCCGCCGGGCCCAGAGCGACCCCCUCAGUGCCCUCUCAUGGCUGCAGUCGGGCGGUACUGGUGCAGGGACCAUCUCCGGAGGAUCUAGCUCCAGCUCCGGAGGCUCAUCCACCGGUUACUCCUCCUGCUCAGCCUCCUCCCUGCCCGGAGGCUCUCCCACAGACUCGGAGGGCGGGGGCAGUGGAGUGGGCCUGGCCUCUGGCAUGCUGGGCCGGCUGAAGCCUGCGGCAGGUUCUGGGGCUGGAGGUCUGAUUGGUGUAGGGCCAGGGGGCGGGAGCAGGGACUGUUUUGUGUGCUUUGAGAGCGAGGUGACAGCGGCCCUGGUGCCCUGCGGCCACAACCUCUUCUGUAUGGACUGCGCCGGACAGAUCUGCCAGUCCGCUGAUCCCGAAUGCCCUGUCUGCCACAUCCCUGCCACACAGUGCAUCCGCAUCUUCUCCUAAUGAACCCCCACCCAAAGACAAGGGAGAGAAGUGGAGGUGAGAGGAGGAGGGUGUCAUCUUAAAAAACAUCGCUAUUUUCCCUCUCUGACUAUCCAACAGAACUGCAGUGGGGCAUCAACUGUGGAGGAACAGACACCAACAACCUUUGCUAAUAGGAUGGGCUAUAAUGAUUACAAUAUUAGAAAUGACACUAUAAAGAUGUUGAUUUAAUUAUAAUAACUAUGACAAGAAUAAUGGUAGUAAUAAUUAUUAUUAUUAUUUCCAGACGGGCUGAUUUUGGUUCAUUCUGCAGACUGCAGAAGUAGUUGGAUCACGAGAUUUCACGGUGGACUUGUGUCUUAUCUUUCUUCAGGCCUUCAUUCUGACCUGGACAAGCCUUCAGGACUCAGCCUCUAGGUUGUCUGUCUGUAUAGUUUUCAUUCCCUCUCGUCUUCUUCAGAUAUCUCUGCCUGCUUCUUUCACAAUCCUUUUCCUUUGCCACUUUUGUAAUUAAUAACAGAUAUUUUUCGACGGAGCUGCCUAGACCUGCACCUUUCUGGUUUCUUUCCGAUGUUCUUUGACAGGAUACGAAACACUGUUUUUCUGGUCUUCUCUGUUCUCUCUAACUCUCUCUUUCUCUCAUGCUAUAGUAUAGUGAUGUAAAGGAAAGGCUUUGGGAUUGUGGUAUGAGCCUGGAACUGACUUUAAAACGGGCACAGAAAGAGACACCUAUGAAACAAGGCUGAGGGACCUCAUAGAUGUUAUGAAUGAAGACUGAAACACUUAAGAUAUUUAUACUGUUCAAAAACUGAUAUUCGAUGUCUUGGUUUUAACGACCAGUAUAGGAAUAAUAUAAUAGUUAAGUUAUUUAAGGAAUAUCAGUAGUAAUGCCAUAAGGUCAGUUACUCAGUCCCCGUUGGUCUGUGUUUCUCUCAAACCCUCUCUUCCUAUCUACCCUCCCCUCUCCUUCAAUAGUUCCAGAGUUGGGCAUUGUUUCUGGUUCGAUUGAAUGAAGCGGAGCCGAGCCUUGUAUUAAACCCUACUGUUGUAUUCCACAUCGAAUGCUCAGCUGACAACAGAAUGUGUAAUUGAAACAAACAUGUAUUUUUUUUGUCUCCAUUCCUCUUUCUUCCCCUUGUGGAGCUCAGUGUAGACACCUAGCCAUCCACAUGACAAACUAAACCCAGUCCACCCAGAUCUUCUAUCUGAUUUGGACAGCUAAAUAUUUUUUAGAACGGUUUUGGCUUUUUCACUGUAAACUGUGGCCCGGUUUGCCCCUCACUUCUCGUCUGUCUGUCUUUUUGUCUGUCUGUCUCUCUUUGUCUGUCUGUCUGUCUCUCUUUGUCUGUCUGUCUGUCUCUCUUUGUCUGUCUGUCUGUCUCUCUUUGUCUGUCUCUCUUUGUCUGUCUCUCUUUGUCUGUCUCUCUUUGUCUGUCUGUCUCUCUUUGUCUGUCUGUCUCUCUUUGUCUCUCUUUGUGUGUUGAAGUCCAACAGGAGUAUAUUGGUCUUGGUGAUGUCACACACACAGGAAUGUCUCUGCCAAUGGGGAUCUUGGUUAAGAGGAGGCGGCCCGUCCCCAGUAUUAAGGGGUGUCAGAAUGAGCCGUCUCUCUCUGCACUGCAAACCUUGAGCGACACAUUGUAACGUUUUUAGCCCCCAGCUAAGCUCUUUUUCUCCUAGUCUAACCCCGGAUCACCCAGCCCAUGCGGCAGUGGCAUCCUGGGAGAUAUGUUUUCUGUGUAUUUUCUUUCUAGUAAGUUCACAUCAACUGCCUCUCUCCUAUGGUGUUUUUUAACUAUGAUGUGGACAGGUUGGUUUUGUUGUGACGGUACGGUACACAGUUGUAGUAUGUAGCCCUUUGAACGUACGUACGGAUGUAUUCAUAGAAUGAGACAAGCCAUGAUAAACAAGAUUAAAAACAGGGCUUCCUAUGAGCACACACACUACAUUUUCAGGUGUUUAACAUUCUCAUUGGUGACAACAGCGAGAGUAAUAAAUGUAUCCAAUAUGGCAGCUAGUAGCUAUUUCAUCCAGGGCUUCCAGACACUAUGUGUUCAAACCCAAAAAGCUGCAGAAUGUGUUGCUUGUUCUUUUCUCUCUGGUCCAAGUCUAUAGAACAGUAGUCAACCUUGUUUUUUGGUCAACCCUGUUAGUACCGGUCUGUCUCGGUGGUCAACCCUGUUAGUACCGGUCUGUCUCGGUGGUCAACCCUGUUAGUACCGGUCUGUCUCGGUGGUCAACCCGUUAGUACCGGUCUGUCUCGGUGGUCAACCCUGUUAGUACCGGUCUGUCUCGGUGGUCAACCCUGUUAGUACCGGUCUGUCUCGGUGGUCAACCCUGUUAAUUCACGUCCAUUGUCUGUGAACAAAUUAACAGAAGGCCCUGUUCCAAUACUUUUCAACUGCAGCCUUCCUUUCUCCCCUCACACCUUGAGGUACUAUUCAGUGAUCUACCAUGUGUGGACAGGUGUUCCUAGCAAUAAGGUCACUUCAGAUCAGUGACUGCCUUCAGGGAGGGAGAAGGAAAAUAUGCAUUUGAAGAGAAUAAACACUCUUCACAUGGUAUAGGCAAAGCUGAAGCCAAGCUACUGUUUAACAAUCCACUUCUGUGUGUCUAAGAUGCGUGACUCUAAACGAGCUAGCCAAGUGAAGGGCACAGCAGCUUGACGUCUUAAUCUGUAAUCUAAUAGUCAACCCUCAUUUAGAUGCACAAUAUCUCCCCCAACUUGAAACGCCCUCCAUGUCUACAGAUGUGCAGCUAGUAGCCACUGAGGACCAUUUUAUUGAAGACUACUCUAAUGGUGCGUUGGUGCAGACUUGCUACUGACACAGAUACUGUUUUUAGAAAAAAGGAACGGCCAUCUAGGGCAGCACAGGGGCACAGCGUCCCCUCUCCUGCUCCUCUUUUAAGAAUUAACUGUACAACCCUGACCACCCCGUGGUCUCUUUCUCUCUACCCUCAACAUGAGAGCGAUCGAUCUGUGUAAACUGGCAACCUGUCCCUGCUGGGCUUGAUGUCAAACGUUUAGUUCUCUGCUCCUUCAGACACAAGUUAGGUGCAGGGGACGACGUGACCAUGUAUUUUUAAAGGAACAGCUAGACUGAGUGUUUGUGUGAGUCUCCUUUAGUGUUAACUGGAGGCCAAUUUUAAAAUGGCCUCUUUUUUUCCCAGAACUGCCCAUGACUUCCGUCACUUAAUGUCCAUAGUUGAAUUUGCCAGGUGGUUCUGGUGUAGGUUCUGGUCUGGUUGUUUCACUAGUAAACUCUUUCCCCAUGGUCCAGAGUGUUAUGGUAAUGUACAGUAACAAACAGCUAAAAGGUACAGAAUAUUCUCAUAUUCUGCAGAUUCAUUUUUUUCUGAACUUCACCCCUCCUUUAGGUUUGAAAACAGGGUUUAUAGAGGCUCGUUGAGGAAUGACCUCUGACCUUUUUGUGACCCAUGUGGGCCCAGAGAGUGCCACGCCCAUCUGGGCAAGCCACUCCCCAUGAAACUCUGCCUUUCUAUUUGCUUUAAUUCUUUUUGUAUGCAGAACCAAAAUGUUACAUCAGCAAACAAGGUUUCAGGCCUGACUUGUAUGUAUAUACCCUGAAUACAAUCAAUGGGAUCUCGUUUUUAAAAAAGUUACCAGACUUAAGUAAUGAAGUUAAGUGUAGUUUUUAAAAACAUGUAUAAUUAUUUGUAAGUUAACCAUAUGCAUGUCUUCAAGCCAUCAGGCAUUAGAGGGGAGAAACUUUUUACACAUUUUUAUUUUUACAAUUUAUUUGCUUACCUAAAUAUCCCAGACAAUAAUGUGACCCUUUUUUUAUUACUUCUUAAUGAUUUUUUAAUUUCCCAUAUUUUCCCCUUUAUUUCCUGUGUACUACAUAUACAUAUAGCCAAUUUUAUAACAAAAUGAGAAAAUUAUUGAAGAAAUUUUUAAAUUGAAAUAUAUUUUAUUUGAAAGUUUAUGGACCUUUUAACCGUGAGCCGGAACAAUUGUAUACACAUCAUUUGAGCUGACUUGACGGUUAUGAGAAAUGUAUCAAGAGUUUUAUUUUUUAUGCUUCUUUAAUAAAAUCUUGUUUUUGGUUUCUUUUUUUACUGUAAAACAAUAA